GUCCGAAUAGCAAAACAUUCGGCAUAACCUCAACUUUAAGUUUAUACUGCUGCAACACAAUUUAAAUUCUGUGAUAAAUUUUGCACAAUGCUUGCAAUAAGAUUUCGCCUGCUGCGGCCCCUGCACAGCAGCUGCUGCAACUUUAAGCGCAAUUUCACACACAAAAAUCUGCUGGAACUAUCAGAGCGAGGUUUCUUUCAGAGCAUUUUUCCAGACACUGCAGCACCAAAGUUAAAAGAACUGUUCGAGAGAUCAGCGCAAAGCAUUUAUGCUGGAUUUGAUCCCACUGCCGACAGCUUGCACGUCGGAAACUUGCUUGUUAUUAUGGGUCUAUUGCACUGCCAGCGUGCCGGCCAUAAGCCAAUAGCUCUAGUCGGAGGCGCCACUGGCCUGAUUGGUGACCCUAGUGGACGUAAAACGGAGCGCAAUCAGUUGGGCGAGUCUGUGCUUGACGCGAACCUGCAGGCCAUUGAGCGACAACUACGUAAAGUGUUUAAGAACCAUGAGGAUUGUCUGUGGGAUACUCGAAAAACCGCUCCGCUCGCACCGCUAACAAUUGUUAACAAUGCUGAGUGGUAUGCCAACCUAAACUUGAUUGACUUUGUUGCGAAUAUGGGUCGACAUUUUCGUAUGGGCUCAAUGCUGUCAAGAUCCUCUGUCCAGUCGCGCUUGGAAUCGGAGGAUGGCAUGAGCUUUACGGAGUUCACGUAUCAGAUCUUUCAGGCUUACGAUUGGUUGCACUUACUGCGCAAACACAACUGUUGCUUCCAGAUGGGUGGCUCCGAUCAAAUGGGUAAUCUUAUGACGGGACACGAAUUGAUAAGUCGGGUUGAGCGCAAUCGUGAAGUCUUUGGCAUGACCCUGCCAAUAGUUACCAAUGAGGAAGGAGACAAGUUUGGAAAGUCGGCAGGAAAUGCAGUAUGGCUAGACGAAAAUAAGACAUCCCCCUUUGCAUUGUAUCAAUUCUUUUUGCGCAUGCCGGACUCUGAAGUGGAGAAGCUCUUGAAACUGUUCACUUUUAUUCCUCUGCCUGAGGUGGAGCAACUGAUGCGAGAGCACGCUAAGGAACCGGAAAAACGCAAAGCGCAGACGAUAUUGGCGGAAGAUGUCACCUUGCUGGUGCAUGGCGAGCAUGGCUUAAAGCAAGCGGAGCGCGUUACCAAUGCCCUCUACAAGGGCAACGUUGACGGUUUGGCCGAGUUGAACUAUGCUGAAAUCAAACAAACGUUUCAAGGUGCAGCCGUGGUUGAUAUACUUACUGAACCGGGCAUGUCCAUUCUACAGCUAGCAAUGAAAGCCAAAUGUUUUCCCACAGAAACUGAUGCUGUGCGUAUCAUCAAUGCUGGUGGAUUCUAUAUUAACCAGAAGCGUGUACAGAAUAUUGCGGAAGUUAUCACAACCGGCAUACACAUUCUACGUAAUGGUGUGUCCUUACUGCGCGUGGGUAAACGCAACUUUUACAUUGUUCGAUGGCAAAAGUAAAAAUAUAUACAUAUUUGUUUUCUAAUAUUUAAGUUAUAUUUAAAUAAUA